AUGAAGCUAUUAAUCCAAUUUAUUGCUGUUUUAAGUGCAUUGGCUGCAUUCGUGUUAGCUGACCCAACAAUUACGCAUAAGGUCUAUUUCGAUAUUGAACAUGGAGACGAGUCUGUUGGAAGAAUUGUGAUUGGGCUAUUCGGUGAAGUGGCUCCAAGAACUGUACAAAACUUCUUCGAAUUGAGCAUUAGUGAGGAUCCAAAAAUGGGGUAUGUGAAAUCUAUUUUCCACCGUGUUAUUCCUCAAUUCAUGAUUCAAGGUGGUGAUUUCACAAACGGGAACGGCACUGGUGGUAAAUCCAUUUACGGUGACACUUUCGAUGAUGAAUCCUUUGAAGUUAAACAUGACAAGCCAGGUCGCUUGUCUAUGGCUAACAGAGGGAGAAACACUAACGGUUCUCAAUUCUUUAUCACCACCGUUCCUACCCCAUGGUUAGAUGGUAAGCACGUUGUGUUCGGUGAAGUCUUGGAAGGUAUGGACGUAGUCAGCUACAUUGAGAAUGUUCCAAGAAACCGUUCCGACAGGCCAAAACAAGAUGUAAGAAUAGCUGGUUCCGGUGAAGUUGAAACAGUGCCACCUUCAGACUUGGACAACGACGAAUUGUAG